GCGUCAUUUUACAGCCUACCAUUGGCUACUCAAAGGCGCGUGUACGAAGUGGUCAAAGAACCAAAACAGAAGAGGAAAUACUUCUCAUCUUGAGCCUUGCUUUUGCAUAAACGAAGUAACGCGUUGAAUCAGCUUUGAUGAAGGCACUGUUUUGUGCUUGUGACUAACAAUGCUGACUGACCUGGAGAAGUGUCCAAGGCAUUUACUGGUGUGUGAGAAAUCGAAUUUCUUGAAUGAAAAGUCACGUCAUGACGUCCACGUGGCCGGUCACUAUUUUAACUACAAGGUUUCUGUUUUAAUUCCUGAGUGUGGAACACUACCAUCGGGGCUAAAAAGCAUUGUGAAUAGCAUUGCAAAAUAUUAUUUGGUGAAGAACUUCCCCAUCUAUAAAAUACUGGAAGAGAAGUUUCUUGAAAAGCAGGUGAAAGCAGGAUCCCUCUGUGCUCUGUCAUACAAAACCAGAAUAGACCAAGACAACACUUUUGCACUUCUUCCAACGGGAAAACUAGUUUUAUCUCUUGAUAAAGACACCUACGAGGACCUAGGAUUGGAGGGCCAACCGUCACAGUAUAACCACAAGGUGCCUGUGAGAUAUGUUAUUACCGUUGAUCUCGCUGAUAAGUCUUUGGCUCCUGGCACAAACAAGUAUAAACGUGUGAUGUGGGCUCUGAAGGAAAAGGUGCAGCUUAGAAGUGAUUUCCUAAUGGCAAAGCACAAGCCAGAUGAGGAAGAAUGCCCACUAGCGUCUUGCUUCACUGAUUAUCAGUACAAGGAGUACAAGCCUUCAGUCUCCACACAGACACUGAGCGAUGUGCCGUGUCCUGUCAUUCACUCCAAGCACUUGAAAGGGCAAGCAGAGGAGUCUUGUGAUUCCCAGGAGUUCGUAGAGUGGCUGGGUGCUGUCACAGCUGGGAUUGAAUGCAACAAUGAAGCUUCCACUUUCCUGUCUACAUACUGCUGUCCUGACCCUAGAAUCAUAAUGGGGAAGGCCUGUCUGUGUACUGUGACUGGAUUCCUGCUCCCAGAGAACAUUUACCAGUUACUGGAAGAGAUACGGCACUAUUUUGAUGAGCCGAAGUUUGCACCCUGGUCAACUUUAACAGUGCAUGGCUUUUCAGACAGCCCGGUGUCCUGGAGCACAGCUGAGCAUGGUUUCCACAAAGGAGGAGAAAACAUGUAUAGCUUUGUCAUCUUCAGAAACGAUGAUUACUGGUUAUACAUGGCAACAGGGGCUCAUGAUGCAUGUCCACCUUAACCUUUAACUCUUUUCCAUUUUCCAUUUUUUUCUGUAAUAUCUCAGUGUAUCAGUCCUGAAUGCUGUGUCGUAUCAGACACACUGUUUCAGGCUUCAUACUCUGGGAUCUAAC